UCAUUUCUGGGUUUUCUCUCUCUCUUUUGCAUCUUGGACACCACUCGUGGGAAGCAAAGGGUGUGCUUGAUUUCCUUCUUCAUUCAAAAAGGCUGCCCUCACCAUGCUGGCUGCAAGUGGGACCCGCAUCCGCGUUCAGUUUGGGCGGCUCCUGGCGGAAGCGGGGCAGCUCAGUGCUCCUGUGCGCAGGCCUCUAGGACCGGGGCUCCUGGGCUCCACAGCAUUGUCCUGCACGGAUCAGAACAGAAGCUCGGGGGCAACGGGCUCAACUGAGAAGCUGUACAAAGUGCCUGGCGGACACAAACCCUCAACAUUUGACAAGAAAAUCCUCCUGUGGACUGGGCGCUUCAGAAAGGAAGAUGAAAUUCCUUCAAGGAUCCCGCCCGAGAUGCUGGAUGCUGCAAGGAACAAAGCCCGAGUAAAGGCCUGUUACAUUAUGAUUGCCCUGACAAUCGUGGCUUGCUUUGCUGUGAUUGCCUCUGCUAAAAGGCUGUUCCUUUCACUGUACCACCAUGAAGUGGAUGCUCUACUUUUGCAGGCUGUUGAACGCCAUGAAUCCCUCACAAGCUGGAACUUAGCAAAAAAAGCCAAGUGGCGUGAAGAGGCUGCAACAAGAGCAGAGGAAAAGGCAAAAUAAAAGUCAUCUGCUCUUGAAACCGGAGCUGUGCUGGGAACGAAGAAAACACACCAAAUUGGCAAGUGUUAGCAAAAGUUAUAUCCUCCAGGGAAAACGCUGAAGUUGAACACAACUUACUGUAAUACUAACAACUUUCAUUUCCACUUGUGUAACAAAUACUGGGCGAGAGAUAAUUAUUAUUUUUCUGCCACAAGUGUAUAAAUAAAUCAAGUUCAGUUGAAAGUUUGCUCUGAAAGGCUUCAUCUGCUAUUUUGCUUCUAUUUGAACUUUUAAAGUCUGUGUAGCUAAAACUGAAAACACAGAAUUCCAUCAACCAUAACAGUGGCUUUCUGACUAAAAUUCAUUACUCAACAAAAUUUGUCCUGAUGGAAAGUGCUGUCGUCUUUCUUUGUC